CGUGAGCUCUACUAUUACACAGAGCGCUGCAACUACCAGUGCCAGAACUUCAAAAACGCGUGGACGACAUCCAUUACGAGAUAACUGAGGAGAUGACUCAUUAAAAGUUCAUUUCUUCAUAGGAUACGGUAAUCGACAAUCGUAGUAGCCUACUCCCGUGGAUUAAUCACUGUGUCUGAUGGACUUUUCCUGCCUCGAGCCCACAGCAGGAAGUGGGCAGGUGAGACGCACCUGUUCAGCACGCACUCAACAUUGAUUAAAGACAACUGUGCUGGGCAACAUUUUGGAUAUCUUACAUAAAUGGCGUUAUCCUAUAAAACAACUGUUCGUCGGAAAAAAACAAGAUGGAUUUAAACCCGAACUGAAGCUACUUAAAAGCCGGAUUAGGUGUUUUGUUUUAAAAGCCUCGAUCUCUAUACAGGUGGCACGUGAACGUCUUUGCACGGUGUUGUUAUGGGGAACCAAGUGGAUAAACUUACACAUUUAACUUAUGAUGAGUUGCCCACGACUGAUCCCAAUGGGUUUGACCCGGAGGACGACACGCCACGGAUCGGUGUGUCUUAUAUUUUCUCCGCUGACGACGACGAACAGGAGAACGUGGAUGAGACGGAAAGAGAUCCAGACGAAGACGACAAAAACUACGACUGUUGCGAUGAAUUACAAUGCUCGCUAUAUUAUCGAGAUGAGUGCAUUUAUGAGAAGAACAGCGCGUUCGUUGAAAUGGGAAACUUGUCGGUUGAGAACUUGCUGAAUAAGUGCAAACCUGGUGACCUGGUGGAGUUUGUGGCCAUCGGGCAGUAUCCACACUGGGCUGUAUGUGUUGGUAAUUCACAGGUGGUUCAUUUGUAUAGAAAUGAAAUUAAACGAGACUUUCUUUUCGAGGCAAGUCAAGGUAAAAGAGGCAGAAUCGUGAACGAGCUGUAUAAGUUUCGGUCGCUGAGCCCGGAUGUUGUGGUCCGUAAUGCCAUGGAGCAGGUCGGCAUGAAGGACCGGGAUAUUUGCUGGAAAAACUCUGAAUGCUUCGCCGCCUGGUGCAGGUUUGGCAAACGCGAGUUCAAAAUUGGAGGUGAGAUACGAAUUGGGAAGCAGCCCUACAAGAUGAAACUGCAGCUGUCAGAGAAGAAAAGUCACGUAUUGGAUUUUCAGAGUUUGGAGGAUCUAAUCAUGGAAAAGAGAAGAAACGAUCAAAUUGGCAGGGAUGCUGUCGUUCAAGAACUGGAGAAUCAUUUAAACUGCACUGAAGACACUAAAAACGACUACAAUAGUAACUGAUGAUGGAUUUAAAGGGAACUGCACUUGUGGUCUCGUUAUUGAGGAAAUGCUGUUUUGUAAUGACUUAACCACAGCGAUGUUGUAAUAAAAAAAAGAACAUUUGUUAAAAUAUAACUUUUAUAAUUGGACAAAUUAUAUAUUUACAUAAAACGAUAAUCUUGCUCCAGGCAUAUUUUCUCAUUUUUGUAAUCAAUACAUGAACAUCCAUCUUCACUUUUUUGUGUUUAUAUCCAAGAUACAUCCUGGAACUUUUCCAUUAGUAUCAUUUGAAGUAUUUUGUUGAAGGGUGUUUUUGGAGUAUAUUGUUGUGUUUUCACAUUAUAUUUCAAUGUCUCAUUAAAACAUAUGUGCAUUUUUAUUUAAGAUGUUUUUUUUUGGGCUCAGUAGCUCUAUUUGAUUCCGUUAAACAGCAUUUAAUUUACUAACACUAACAAAUUUGUUAUUAAAUUUACUAUGGAUAGUCAAUUUAUUUAUAAAUGUAUUGAAACUUUCAGUGCAUAUAAACUGUUCAACUUUG